CAAGAUUUAGAAAAAUAUUAUUCAAAUAACAAUGUUGCUCAUUACUCAAUUAGAAUUUUACCUUUGAAUUAUUCUCCUGACAUAUAAUUCAACCUUGAAGUAGUGGCAAAAUAUGAUUAUCCCAACAGUUAAGGUUAGACAGAACUUUAUUUUUGGUAAGUAGACAAAGAAACCAUGGCUGUCUUUGGUUAAGAUACUGAUGAAAAUAAAUUUGAAAUAUUAUUGAUCAAACCUCACCUUUAGGAGAAGGCAUUUUAUAUUGUCCAUGUUAAAUUCUAACACUCAUUUACAGUUUUGAAUGUUUCAAAUUGGAUCAAUCCUCAUUAAGUUGCUAUUUGGACUAAUUGUAAUGAUGGAUCAACUAAAUCUAGUAUAAUAACUUUUGAUUUAAGAAAUUAUUAUGAUGGAUACAAUUGGCUACCGGAACCUGAAUUUGUAGCUACUAUAGUAAUGAAUUAAGUUUAUACAUCUUUAGGCUAGAGGAGAACAUAUUGCUGAUGAAUCUGCAGUUUUCAUGGAUAUUUAUCAAUUUAACUUAGAGUCUACUCAUAUUAUUCAAAUAAGAUAAACUGGAAAUGAACCAAGGAUAUCUAUCAUAAACUUUUAAAAUGUUUAAAAACCAGAAAUUAUUAGUGAAGUUACAAUAAAUACAUUUUGGAAUGAAAAAGCUUCUGACCAUUCUUACAUGGUGCUUUAUAAUGAAUUAACGUAAAGAUUUAUAUUAUUAUUUAAAGAAUGGAAGAUUAAACAGUUAAAUUUUAAUAUCUAUUUCCAGCUGAUCCCAGACAUUAAUUGUUGUAAAUUAUAGAAAAAGCCAAAGUUAUUGAAAAAUAUGGAAUAGACAAUGUCGCAGAAAUGUUUCAAUUUUAUAAGUGA